UUCCUACUUUAGAUAGAAUAUUCUCGUUAUUAGGUAGUCACAAAAUGGCGAGACUCACUAAGACUACUUAUUGGUUUACUAUUGUCGCCCUUUUGGGGGUGGCACUUGGUCAAACUACCACGACCGAGCCUACCACCAGUGAAUCCACAACAGAAGUCUGGCCUCCUACGACACCAGCACCAACUCAUCCCCCCAUCCCCACUGCCAGUGCUAUACCUCUCCCCACAGAAUUCGCCGACAUCCCUAAAUCGGCCGUGGAGUGUUGGGACUCACUGAUUUCGUUUGAUAUCACCCGCAGCUUUCUCCAAGAUCAAUUGAAUAGCGGUGCGGUAUAUACGUACACCGAAUUCCCAACCCCUAUCACGAACACCUACACCUACGGCUACUCUCUCGAAAGCUGCGCCACAGCCUUCCCCGGACUAACCACACUCUGUGACGGUUAUCCGCGUGCAAGUGACUGCAUAUCAGAGUGUCAAUACACAGGCUACACAUCAUGGACCGACGUUUAUACAACAAGCGGAACAGGCCGCUGGCUCACCCCAACAUGGUCCACCGAGCUCGAGCAACUCCCCACUCCAUCUUGCACCGUAGCUGAAGAUCUAAGCCCAGAGUGCUCCCGCCUCGCGGAAGCAUAUACAUGGCGAACCUCCAACAUCGACCCAACAGCCUCCAUCUCGGCACCCCCAUGCGCAAUCUCCCUCCCACCAACUCUCACCCCUUCCCCACCUGCCCAACAAAGAUGCUCGCUCAAUGCCGAAUCCUACGAAGCGUACUACUGGCCAACGCCAUCUCCAACAAACACAAACGCCUUCUGCAACACUAAUAACGACACGAUACCAACAGCUACACCAACUAUCCCAGGCCGCCCGAAUACAGCAGUAGUAUCCGGUCUAACAUUCACAAGCCCUUCCAUCUACCACAUCCUGCACAACGCCACAGUCUACAGAUACAUUGGCCAUCAAUCCACAAUAGGAUGGGGCGACGAUCACGCAGCAAUCUACGAAAUCUCCACCCAAGUACCAACCCUAACUUUUGCGCAGCCUUCUACAUCCAUUCUAUCGCAGUACAAACAAUGCCGGAAACCGAGUCCGCAUGGCGCAACGCGCUGCACCAUCUCUUAUCAACCGGAUUUCAAUGUCCAGGAUGUUUUCACGGUGAACGCGAAGGCGUAUUAUGGGGAGGAACUGGCUACGCCGACUACAGCUACGAUAUGCCAGGCUAGUUAUGCGGCGACGAUUGGACUUCCGUUACUUGAAGUCGCGAAGCAGAAUCAGGUUGGGGAGGAGUGUGAAUGGACGUUUACGCAUAGUGGGAGGACUACGUUGUUGGAGGAGAAUAUGUUUAGUGUGGCUGGAGUUGGGGCAAGCGAUUAUCAUGCUAUUACUACUGUGACGGGGGUUCCACGGUCUGGGUUGACUACUGUUGCUUCUUCUCCUACUAGUACUCUUUCUAGUUGA